AAUGCUAAAAUACAUGGAGAAUACUUGAAAGAAAGCUUAAAUGCAUAUACUGAACUAUUUAACAUUUUGCAAUACUUAGAUUUGGAAACUAUAGAACCAGAGAUUCUAAUAGCAUCGGAAGUAAUCGAUCUUAUAGAGAAUGAAAACAUAUUUAUGAAGCUAUUAACUUUAGAAAUGAAACAAAUUUUAUCAAGGCAUUCAUUCUGUAAUAAUGAAUUUUUUAACCAAAUCAGUUCAAUGUUAGAUAAAUUU